AGUAAUAUUGGAAUGUAAAACUCAAUAUGUAUUACAUUUCAACUCUGUAUCUGACAUGGUAUAUGUCUAUUAUUUUUGUUAAGCCCAAAACCAUGUGUGUGAGGUGUAUACUUUUGUUUCAAAAUAGAUUUGUUAAAGACUAACAAGAAAUACUGUGUGAACCUGAUUUAGCCCACUGCAGUAAAAGGCUAUUAAUGAUCAAAUCUACCAAACAGUAUGUGUUCAUCCCCUGUGAAUUCUAUUGUAGUUGAUGACUUUAGAAUACCUUCAAUACAUCUGCAGUAAUUCCUUGUUUAACAUUUCUGAUUCACACUUUUGUAUCAAGGAUGAAGAGAGAUCAGCCAUGUGAAGGGUUAAUUCUGUUCCGGAGCACAGAGCAGCACUGGGUGGGGAGGAGCAUGCAACGUCACUUUACUGAAGUGAAACUGAAGUUGCUAGGCGUACUGUACGUUGCCAACACAAACAAACGGUCUCACACUCUUCACUCUCUCAAUAUAAGACAGCUACACAGUCUGUUUCUUUUAAUACUACAGUACUGAUAAAUCGGAGAAAGUGCCCACCCUCUUUCACACACAGAUACAGAUAUGGCUUCCUCCACUAUUCUCCAGUCUGAAGAGCAGUUCCUGUGCUCUGUCUGUCUGGAUGUGUUCACUGAGCCAGUCACCACUUCAUGUGGACACAACUUCUGCAUGGCCUGUAUCAGAAAGUACUGGAAUAGCAAGGACCUGUACCAAUGUCCACUGUGUCAGGAGAAAUUCUCCAGACGACCUAAGCUUCGUGUCAACACAACUUUCAGAAAGGUUGUAGAGAAUUUUAAAAAGAGGAGAGAUAUAGGUAGAGAUGGGCCCCGUCCCGAACCUGGAAAAGUGUCCUGUGACGUCUGCACUGGGAUGAAGCGCAAGGCCCUUAUGUCCUGCCUGGUGUGUCAGACCUCUUACUGUGAGACUCACCUGGAGCCUCAUCAGAUAGCCUCACCCUUAAAGAGACACAAACUGAUCGACCCUGUGGAGAACCUGGAAGACAGGAUGUGUAAGAAGCAUGACAGACUCCUGGAGCUGUUCUGUAGGACUGACCAGACAUGUGUGUGUCAGUUCUGCACUGAGGCAGACCACAAGACUCAUGACACUGUCUCUAUAGAGGAAGAGUGUGGAGAGAGGAAGGCUCAGCUGGGGAAAACUGAGGCAGAAGUGCAGCUAAUUAUCCAGGAGAGACUGAAGAAGGUUAAAAAGAUCAGACUCUCUGUAGUUCGUAGAAAGAGAGAUGCAAAGAGAGAGAUAGAAAACAGUGUACAAGUCUUUACUGCUCUGGUGCGCUCCAUUGAGAAAAGCCAGGCUGAGCUGAUUGAGGUGAUUGAGGAGAAGCAGAAAGCAGUAGAGAGGCAGGCUGAAGGGCUCAUUAAAGAACUGGAGCAGGACAUCACUGAGCUAAAGAGGAGAAGAACUGAUCUGAAGCAGCUCUCACACACUGAGGACCACCUCCAACUUCUUCAGAGCUUCCUAUCCCUAGAGUGCAAACUUCCACCCACCAAGGACUGGUCUGAGAUCAGUGUUCACAGUGAUCUGUGUGUGGGGACUGUGAGGAGAGCUGUGUCCCAGCUGGAGGAGAUACUGAAUAAAGAGAUGGAGAAGCUGCCUGAAGUCAAACUGAAGAUGAUUCAGCAGUAUGCAGUGGAUGUGACUCUGGACCCUGAUACAGCAUGUUCCAUUCUCAUCCUGUCUGAAGAUGGGAAACAAGUGAGAACUGGAGACAUACCACAGAAUCUUCCUGACAAUCCAAAAAGGUUUGCUGUUCAUCGAUUUGUCCUUGGAAAGGAUGGCUUCUCCUCAGGACGAUUUUACUAUGAGGUGACGGUUAAGGGGAAGGCUAGAUGGAAUUUAGGAGUGGCCAGAGAGUCCACUGAAAGGAAGCGGAAUAUUAUACUGAGACCUGAGGAUGGACUCUGGGCUGUGACCCAAAGGGAUGAGAAUGAUAGCUCUAACUUCCUCCUUUUCCUCCUCUCCAUGAUAAAGAAGCCCCAGAAGGUGGGGGUGUUUGUGGACUAUGAGGAGGGUCUGGUCUCCUUUUAUGAUGUGAAGGCCAAGUCUCAUAUCUACUCUUACACUGGCUACACCUUUACAGAGAAACUCUUUCCAUUCUUUGGCCCCUCUGAUAAUGAUGGUCAAAACUCAGCCCCUCUCAUCAUCUCUCCUGUCAAUCACACACAAUGAUUAAACAAUGCAGAGGGAACAGUUAAUUAACUAAUUACAUUCACAUAUCAUUAAAUAUAUUUAGUCAGUUGACAUGACAUGUGAUUAGAAUGUCCAUGGAUGUCCUCUGAAAUCUCAUAGCGAAUUAAAAAUGGAAACUUCUUUACUCUUCAGGGACAGAUUGAAUAUUACUGGGGGAGGGGUGCCACAAAAUAGGGGAAGGUUGUCAAACCUUUUUUAUUGCUUUGAGUAAGGCACAGGGGAGGGUAGUGCAUUUUUGCCCUGGUUUACAUUCGCCAUUCUUCUCAUAUUUUCUCUAUAAACAAUGGCUUGACUUACUUUUAAUAUUAAGUUUAGAAAAAGUUUAGAAACAUUUGGGAAAGGUUUGGUAUGGUGUGGCUACUAAGCUUUAGCAGGCCUAUGAUAUGAAGGCAGUGCGCCCCUGUCACGUUGUAAAAAUGAUUGGAGACAGGCGCAGGAAUACGUAACACCUCAAGCCAUUGUAAAUCUUAAGGCAGCAGACAAAUCUUUUGUCCUGUCAGUGGAGGAUUGGAAUGUAUGGUUGGCCUAUGGAGAACCUACCGCAGAACUGUAACAUGGAAAAAAUGGACCUGGUACAUUUUAUAUGGUACAUAUUUUAUCAGCCGAAAUGAUGGUAACGAUGCUAGAUGAAAUAUGAAAAUGAAUGUCGUUUUUGUUAUGUUAUUAAUAGUUAAAUGACAACAAUAUAACGGAAAGAUUGUAACUUGAAAAGUUGUGAUAAUAUGUACAUGAUGUUAACAUGUGUAGAAAAUAUCCAGAUCAAAGAGAAUAUUUUUGUAACAAUUAACUAUUAUUUUAGUUGUCUAACGAGACCAUAGUACAUUGUGAUACCUUGCCUCGUAACUAGAUACGCCCCAGAGAACUUGCCAUAUAGACCAAAAUGCCCCUUUGUGACCUGGGGGUAUAAGAAUUUACAUACCACAGUAAAAUGGACCACAGCUGCAGCGUGAUCGAAGAUAGUCACAACCCCACAAACGCAACAUGAGGAAGAGGACAAAGGAAACUCUUAACAAUCAUGUGGACAAUCAGAGACUUACACCCGGUAACGAAGGAGACACAUCCAUCGGAAGAAAAGGGCUUCGGCCAUCCUAUCCCAAUAAGCGGAACUCGGUCCACGAAAAGACACCCAACGGAGACCUUCAACAAGUAAAUACAUUCAUUAUAAUUCUGACCCAUAAGAGCGGCAGUUUGGGGCAAGGUGUUAGAGCUCAACUAAGCAGGUUACAAAUGUAUCCAAGUGUGCUUUUAUCUUGUUCGCUCUCUCUCUCUCUUUCUAUUGGUGUUGGUCCGCUAGGGACCAGUUUCAUUGUAUUAAGUUCUAAUCAAUGGCCAAGACUGUUUGUGUAUGUGUAUCUUAUAUUAUCAUUUAGCUUGUUAGUAAAUAAAUAAUCAACUCAAUUUGUGUGGUACGGAAUGAUUUAGUGAGACCCGGGUUUGUGCAGAUUUAAGAAUUAUGCGAAGUUCAGAAUGAGACUUGAGAGGAAAUAAAUUAAUUGCCGGCUGCUAUGAAAUCGAUAUUCUGAUAUUCUUUGAGUUAAUUUGGGAAACGUUAAACAAACUUUUCUCAUGGUGCCCCAGGUUACCGAGUUAAUGGUUGCCUGAUUUAUCUAAUCACGUAAUUAUAAACACAGUUAAUUAUUCAAUGAAUAUCAGUCGUCAGAUUAAUGACCAACUUUACAUGUGUAUUUGAUCUUGUGUCCUCAAAAGAGACAAUACUUCAGCAA